UUCCAUUUUGUCGUCAGAGCGGCUCCCGGCCUCUCUCCCCCGCGCACACACCUCCUCUUUCUCCGCAUCCGAGAGGAGCAUCCUCUUCUUUCUCCUCCUCAUCUUCAUCCUCACACCCGCUGCGCUCUCUCUUUCUCUCUCUCCCUCUCUCUGGUUAUACACAGAAUGAGGUUAGCAGCUCCAUUAGCACCGCUACACCGACACAGAACCGGUGGAGUUACCGCAGUGGCGGGCUGUGGUUAUACCUCUGUGCAACGCUCCCGCUCCCGCGCUGUCCUUCACGUUCUGUCUUCUUGGAACUAACCUCAUCCUACUCCUCCUCCUCCUCUCCGUCUCUCUCUCCAACAGUGAUGGGGAGUAUCAUCAUGUAGGCGGCAGCCGCACCGCAGCAAUGGGAAGCCACGCAUGGAGCGGGUCUGGACUGCAGCCGUGGUGAGCCUGAGCCCCCGCAUCGACCAAACCUCGCAACCUUCUCAGGACCUGACCACAGGGGCCGUCCGACGCUCACCUGGAUGCUCCCCAGUCUGUGCUUCGUUGCCCCCCCCUCCAUCCUCCUUUCUCCUCUUCUUCUGCUCCGAUGCUGAAACAGAUGCUCCAAUAAUUGGAUUUUGUCCCCCUUUUUAAUAUCUUCACAAGUGGCAUUCCCAUUUAUUACUUUUUUUUUGUCUACUUGAAUCCCACUUUGGAGACUGAUCCCAACCCUAUUAGCAAUAACUGACCGGCCGGCAUCAUGGGAGACAUGUCCAACAGCGAUUUCUAUGCCAAGAACCAAAGAAAUGAGGGCGCCAACCAUGCCGUGGGCUUCGGCUGCUCGCUCAUGGAGCUGCGCUCGCUCAUGGAGCUUCGCGGCACCGAGGCAGUGGUCAAGCUCCAGGAGGACUACGGGGGUGUUGAGGGACUGUGUAAACGUCUGAAAACCUCACCCACGGAAGGACUCACAGGUGAUCAAGGUGACUUGGACAAGAGGAAAGAAGAAUUUGGGAAAAACAUGAUACCUCCAAAAAAGCCAAAAACAUUCCUGCAACUGGUAUGGGAGGCCCUGCAGGACGUCACCCUCAUCAUCCUGGAGGUCGCCGCCCUCAUCUCGCUGGGCCUCUCCUUCUACCACCCGCCUGGAGAGAGCAGCGGAGCGUCUUGCGGCUCGGUGCAGGGCGGCGCGGAGGACGAGGGCGAGGCGGAUGCGGGCUGGAUCGAGGGCGUCGCCAUCCUCCUGUCGGUGGUGUGCGUGGUGCUGGUGACCGCCUUCAACGACUGGUCCAAGGAGAAACAGUUUCGCGGGCUGCAGAGCCGCAUCGAGCAGGAGCAGAAGUUCCUGGUGGUGCGCGGAAGCCAAGUCAUCCAGCUGCCCGUAUCGGACAUACUGGUGGGCGACAUCGCGCAAAUCAAAUACGGUGAUUUGCUCCCUGCCGAUGGAGUGUUGAUCCAAGGCAACGACCUGAAGAUCGACGAGUCGUCGCUGACCGGAGAGUCUGAUCACGUGAAGAAGGCCGCAGACAAAGACCCCAUGUUGCUUUCUGGGACCCAUGUGAUGGAGGGCUCGGGGCGCAUGGUGGUGACCGCAGUGGGCGUCAACUCUCAGACUGGAAUAAUCUUCACCCUGCUCGGAGCUGGCAUGGAGGAAGAAGAGAAGAAAGAAAAGAAAGGAGGCGCAGUGAAAGACGGACCCCAGAACACAGACUGCUCGCAUCCCCCCAUCCACCCCAUCGCCACUAUUGCCACGGAUGGGGCGGCGGGCUUUAACGCCCCAGGCAGUGCCAACCUUAUUAAUGGUAAAAUGCAAGACGGCAAUAUGGAGAGCAACCAGAUGAAAGUGAAGAAGCAGGACGGAGCGGCCGCCAUGGAGAUGCAACCUCUUAAGAGCGCCGAGGGUGGUGAAGAGGAGAAGGAGCGGAAGAAGGUGUCCAUUCCCAAGAAGGAGAAGUCUGUGCUGCAAGGGAAGCUCACCAAGCUCGCUGUCCAGAUUGGCAAAGCAGGGUUGCUCAUGUCGUCCAUCACAGUCAUCAUCCUCGUGUUGUACUUCGCCAUCGACUCCUUCGUCAUCCAGAAGCGUCCUUGGCUGCCCGAGUGCACGCCCAUCUACAUCCAGUACUUUGUCAAGUUCUUCAUCAUCGGCGUGACCGUGCUGGUGGUCGCCGUGCCCGAGGGUCUGCCGUUGGCCGUCACCAUCUCCCUGGCCUACUCCGUCAAGAAAAUGAUGAAGGACAACAACCUCGUGCGUCAUCUCGACGCGUGCGAGACGAUGGGCAACGCCACCGCCAUCUGCUCGGACAAGACUGGCACACUCACCACCAACCGCAUGACGGCCGUGCAAUGCUACAUCGGCGAUGUGCACUACAAGAAGAUUCCCGAGCCGGGUGUCCUGCCUCCCAAAUCGCUUGACCUGCUUGUCAAUUCCAUCUCCAUCAACAGCGCCUACACCACCAAGAUACUGCCCCCGGAUAAGGAAGGCGGUCUGCCGAAACAGGUGGGCAACAAGACCGAGUGCAGCCUGCUGGGAUUGGUGCUGGACCUGAAGCGAGAUUACCAGCCGAUCAGGAACCAGAUCCCUGAGGAGAAACUAUACAAAGUGUACACCUUCAACUCGGUGCGGAAGUCCAUGAGCACUGUCGUCAAACUGCCCGACGGGAGUUUCCGCAUGUACAGCAAGGGAGCGUCCGAGAUUGUCCUCAAAAAAUGCAACCACAUUCUCAGCGAGGUGGGCGAGCCGCGGGUUUUCCGUCCGCGGGACAAGGACGAGAUGGUGAAGAAGGUGAUCGAGCCUAUGGCCUCCGACGGCCUGAGGACCAUCUGUGUGGCGUACCGCGAUUUCCCUGGUGACCCUGAGCCUGACUGGGAUGACGAAAACAACAUCCUCAGCGACCUCACGGCUAUUUGCGUCGUCGGGAUCGAAGAUCCCGUCAGGCCAGAGGUGCCAGAGGCCAUUCAGACGUGCCAGCACGCGGGCAUUACCGUGCGCAUGGUAACCGGGGACAACAUCAACACGGCAAGAGCCAUUGCCAUCAAGUGUGGCAUCAUCCAUCCUGGAGAGGACUUCCUCUGCAUCGACGGCAAAGAGUUCAACAGGAGGAUCCGCAAUGAAAAAGGGGAGGUGGAGCAAGAGCGUAUUGAUAAGGUUUGGCCUAAAUUGCGUGUCCUGGCCAGAUCCUCCCCGACUGACAAACACACACUAGUUAAAGGCAUUAUUGACAGCACCAUGGUGGAACAGAGACAGGUGGUGGCGGUGACAGGCGACGGGACCAACGAUGGGCCCGCCCUGAAAAAGGCUGAUGUCGGCUUUGCCAUGGGCAUCGCCGGUACUGACGUGGCCAAAGAGGCGUCCGACAUCAUUCUGACCGACGACAACUUCAGCAGCAUCGUCAAAGCGGUGAUGUGGGGCCGCAACGUCUACGACAGCAUCUCUAAGUUCCUCCAGUUUCAACUGACGGUCAACGUGGUCGCUGUCAUCGUAGCGUUCACGGGCGCCUGCAUCACACAGGACUCCCCGCUGAAAGCCGUGCAGAUGCUUUGGGUCAACCUGAUCAUGGACUCGCUCGCCUCGCUGGCCCUGGCCACCGAGCCACCCACGGAGUCCCUGCUCAAGAGGAAGUCGUACGGACGCAACAAGCCUCUCAUCUCCAGCACCAUGACCAAGAACAUUCUGGGACACGCCGUCUAUCAGCUCAUCAUCAUCUUUCUCCUCCUCUUCGUCGGUGAGCAGAUCUUCGACAUUGACAGCGGCCGCAACGCCCCCCUCCACGCGCCCCCCUCCGAGCACUACACCAUCAUCUUCAACACCUUCGUCAUGAUGCAACUCUUUAAUGAGAUCAACGCCCGCAAGAUACACGGCGAGCGCAACGUUUUCGAGGGCAUCUUUAAGAACCCCAUCUUCUGCUCUAUCGUUUUUGGCACCUUCGCUGUGCAGGUAAUAAUUGUACAGUUUGGGGGGAAGCCGUUCAGCUGUCAACCUCUGGACCUGGAGAAGUGGAUGUGGUGCGUUUUCCUCGGCUUGGGGGAGCUCGUGUGGGGGCAGGUGAUCGCCACAAUACCCAACAGCAAGCUGCGCUUCCUGCGGCGGGCCGGCCAGCUCAGCCAAAAGGACGAACUCCCCGAGGAGGAUGUAAACGAGGAGAACGAGGAGAUCGACCACGCGGAGAGAGAGCUGAGGAGAGGCCAGAUCCUCUGGUUCAGGGGACUCAACCGCAUUCAGACUCAGAUUGAAGUAGUCAACACCUUCAAGAGCGGCACCUCCUUUCAGGGGGCGGGAGCUCUAAGACGCCAAUCGUCCACCACCAGCCAGAACCAGGAUAUACGCGUCGUAAACGCAUUCCGCAGCUCCCUCUACGAAGGCCUGGAGAAGCCAGACUCACGCACCUCCAUCCACAACUUCAUGACGCAGCCCGAGUUUAGGAUAGAGGACUCCACGCCCAACAUCCCGCUCAUCGACGACACGGACGACGACUCGGCUCGCCGGAGGGGGAAGUACUCCAGUCAGCCGUCGUCGCCCAACAAGAACAACAACGCCAUCGACAGCGGCAUCAACCUCGCCAUCGACACCACUAAGUCGGCGGCCUCCUCCAGCCCCGCCAGCCCUUUGCACAGCUUGGAGACCAGCCUCUAACCUCCUGGUUUAGGAACUGUCACCUGCUCAAGUAACCGGUACAUCCAAAGUGGGUGGGGGGGGACCAAAAAAAAAAAGAUGAAACAAAAGCGAUACAGCCAUCUUGCAUUUGUGGUUGUCUCGCAGUUGAGCAAACUGAAGACAGCGAGGAGGAAAACAAACACUGGAACCUCCCCUCGUAAUUCUAUUCUGAUUAAUAUUAUUGUUCUAUUAUUAUUGUUGCUCCUGCAUGAAUGUACAUUGCCCGAGUUUUAUUUAAAAGGCUUCCAAGCCCGCCCUCCCAUUUGUCUUCUUUUUUGCGAUGGACAUAAGAACAGCUUGCUCCUCUUCUUCUCCUUCUGCGUGGCAUGAUCACAUGAUAUUUGUGACAGGGUGCCAGGGCCCAACUUGCACAGCAACUUUGCACCUCCGCCCCACCGCACCCCCCCCCCCCCGCACCCCCCCAAAAAAAGAAAAGAGGAGAGCAAAAAUAACACAACAGCGAUUAAUGAGCAUUUACGGGAUUAUAUUCCAUAAAUAUGAACGCAUAUAAAUAUAUUUACAGUAGAGAAGAGUUUUAUCUUUGUUUGUCGGCGUGUUGCCUUGUUCCUGCUUCGAAUGGCUCGAAAGUACUUUUAACUUAUUUAUGUCUUAAAAGAGAAUGUAAUUUGUUUACAGACCACUUAGAGAUACAGUCUACUUCCUGGUUUCAAGAAAGAAGGGAUGUCGGAGCUCACUCGGUGUGUUGUUAUUAUUGCUAAGAAUUCAAACUAAAUGGGGAAAAAAAACAUGCGUGGGGGGGGUUAGAAUAAGGAAAAAAUGUGCUGGAAUUUGCCUGCUAUCUUGUGAAAUCUUGUAGAUAUUUUUAGAGAUUAACAAACGAAAAGAAACCAAACUAUAAUGGUAGUAAAUGUGGAAUCUUAGUAUUAUUUAUGAUUGUUGGGCUGGAGUUGCCUUUGUUUGUUUGCUUUUACGAAAGGCCUCCACGGGGACAGAGGGUGGAACAAUUCUAUCAUUCGCUUUUCUUUCACUGCUGCUUCUUCUUUCUUUUUCAUAUAUUAUAAAAUAGUGUUGUUGUUUUUUUAACCACUUUAAAGGUUGAUAUCAGGACCUUCAAAAAUGAACUGCUUGAGUCACAUUAGCAAACUAAUAUAUCUUCUAAUAUGUCACAGGAAUUCGUUUUCACAAUGUCAGUGAGCUAUUUUGUGUCUGCCCCCCCCCCACCCCCAUCAAAAUCCAGAUAAAUUUCAGUGUGUUAACUUUGUCAGAGAAACCAACAUCCACACAUCACUUAGACCUUUUUUUUUUAAGUUUGGUUGCAUUACAUUUUAUUUCUUAGUCAAACGGUAGAAGGUUUAACCCGUAGUUCAUUCAACUAACAGUUUGGUGUUAAAUAAAAUACUACUUUACAUUUUCAACUUUGCUGCCAUGCAAAGCUAAAAUUAUGUCCAAUUUAUCUGUCUAGCAUGCAUAGUUUGAAUUAGGUCACAAGUGGAGAAAAUCUCUAGAAGUAGUUUGAUUGAAUGGCCACAGUGACCUUGAAAUGGUCACUUCAAGCCAAUAGAUCAGACUUCUGUUUCUUCCCGAGCAAGGCGUCGUCAGACUCUAUUGUGGGUCUACUCAUGAUAGAUAUGCCCACCAAAUUUCACGCUGCUAAGUAAAUCUGGUUUUGGAGGCUUAAUUUUGAUCAACCAGAGUUUUGGUUGAUCAAUAAUAAUACAGUUAUUUCUUCUUCGUAUUACAUGAUGUGCCAUCAAAAUUUAGUAUCAUGUAAAUCAAGUAAAUUUAGUUUAUAUUUGGGAGCAAUUAGUCAAAAUUUACAAGAGUUGUUUGUCUUUGAUGGACCCAUGAUGAUGGCAGAAGUGACCAAAAAAUGGACCCUUCAAACCAAAAUGGCUUGACUUCCAGUCUUUUCGGCCCUGGCUUCUUGAGACUAUUUCGUCGUUGCUCAUGAUAGACACACCUGCCAAAUUUCAUGCUGUUAAGUUAAACAGCCUUUGGGGACCUUAGUUUGUGGAGCCAAGUUAGAAGAACUUCAGGUUUCAUGGUGAAUCAUCAAAUUUUGGCGCCGUGUUCUCUCCUUGCACCAUGCUUGAAACUCAAAAGCUUCCAAAUUUUACAUUACCCAGUCCUCUCAUGUUUCGGUUGAAAAUUUGGCUCAGUCAGACAUUUCUUGGAGUUGCUUUUGAUGGACCCAUGACCUAAAUAUGAUCACGACAAGCCAGAAUUACUUCUUCUGUGUUUUUGGCCAUGGCUUAUUGAGAGGUUUUUUUUGUAGGUCUACUCAUGAUCGACGUGCCUACAAAUUUUCAUGCUGGCUUUGGGGGCUGGAUUUUGUCACUCCUUAACCUGCGGAGCUGAGUGAUUAGAGCUUCGUGUUACAUGGUUACUCAUCAAAUAUUGGUGCUGUGUUCCACUCGCAUGCCACGGUGAAAAUUCAAAAGCUUCCAAAUUUAGCAUCAUCCAGUUUCAAAUUUUAAGAGCCAUUGAACCAAUGACUAAAAUGACAAAAAUGCCCCUUCAAUGUCCCUUUCAAACGAAAACGACAGUUUUCCUGUGUCAUAUGGGUUGGGCAUGGGCUUUUGACACUUUUUUGUGGGUCUAAUUUAAUGUUGCUAAGUAGAACUAGCUAACAAGACCAAUUUUUUGGACAGGUGCGCAUAUAUAUAUACAGUAUAUACAUAUACACACACACACACACUAUGUUUCUAUGUUUAAAGUCUGGGAUAAAGCAUGUAUUUUUUUUUCUUUCUUUUUCAAUCCAGAGAAAUUUGAAUUCAUUUUCCUCCUCAAACAGCCUCCCGGCGCCAUCUUUCAACAUCUCCGGGGGGAAACGAUGACACAAAAAAGGAAUGUUGCUUUGGCUCUUUUUCUAUAGACAUAUACAGGUAUCUAAAUAGUGGGAGGGGGGGCUCUUUUUCUGCACUAUUUGGUUAUGAAUGACAACUUAUGUGGUGUAAAACCUAGAUGUGCUUUUUUGUGUGUUUUAACCAAGCUUGUCUUCCUGCUGUCACAGAAUAUACAGUACUCUAACAUCUCAGCUGUGCUCACUAAUAGUUGUAAUAUUUAUUGUGCUUUGACUGAUCCACACGAUCAGCAGAAGGAACGUUCCAAAAAAAAAAAAAAUACCAACAACAACGUAUUGCACUCAGAAGGAAAAGGCCACUUUAAAGAAGCCUGUACUCGUUCUAUUACUAACUCAAGUCACUGACUAGUGCGGCGUGUUCUAUAGGCUCAUUAUGCAAACUAUAACCAUGUUUCUACAAAAUAAAUACAUUGUAGUAUCUUCUAUCCAAGCUGUCCCGCCUCGCUCGCACCUGUCCUCUCAUCUGAUCCCGUGUGGAAAGGGUGCACAAGCUUUACCAGUCAGCUCAGGCCUGUUGGAAAAUAAUUACGCUGACCAAGAAACAAAACACUUGUUUAUUUCUUUGAUCAUUUGUGUGUAAAAAAACAAAA